GCAACAACCACUAUAGUGUUACAUUUAAUUUUUGUAUAAGGAACUAUUUUAAUUUUUUAAUAUGAAUAUACAUAUUUUAAUAGUGUCCGUCCUUCUGUGUGUAGUGAUGGCAACAUCUGUUAAUCAAUAUUAUAAAAUAUCGAUGGUAUCAUCUAACGAGAAUCCGAACCAACCAGCUUUGUUUCUUCACGGAGAAAGCCCCGUGUGGGAUGCGGAGAGUCAAACCUUGUACUUUGUUGAUGUACACGCGCAGAAUAUACACAAAUUAAAUUAUAUCACGGGAAAAAUAUCUACUAAACAUAUUGGUUAUGGCCAAGUGAAUGUGAUAUCUUUGAUAUCGGGAUCCAAGCGCCUGUUGGUAUCAGUCCGCGCGGCGCUGUAUUUAAUGGAUUGGACGGUUGCGGGCGACGCAUCAUUGCGCCUGCUCGCCUCCGUAGACGAGGGUGAACCCGACAACAUAAUCAAUGAAGGCAAAGCUGACGUUGAAGGACGCUUCUGGGUUGGUACAAAGGGUCCUCAGAGCGGUGACGAUGUAACACCCGACAGGGGUACAUUAUACACCGUACAGCAAGACACGCGAGCGCACGUUCGCACCGCGUUACGUCCAGUCUCCAUCUCCAACGGCAUCGCAUUCGCCCUCAACAACUCCCUCAUCUACUACAUAGAUUCGCCCACACAGAAGAUUGAGGCCUUCGACUUUGAUUCGCAAAAGGGAGAAAUCAGUGGACGACGGACGAUAAUUGACGUGACGUCAUACGGGUACGAUGACGCGAUACCUGACGGCAUGACCAUAGACAGUAAGGGACAUCUCUGGGUCGCGCUCAUGUUCGGAGGCUCAGACAACAUGAUUGUAACAAGAGAAGUUUAA